AUGGUCUCGGCGCGCGUGCGCUGGGGAGACUCCCUGGAUGAUGAGGACGCCCUGCCUCCUCGCCAGGAGCAGGUGGACUCGGCGGGCAUCAAGACCGUCAUAGAGUUCCGCAAGGACGAGGCGGGCAGGACGAUCAAGACGAUCACCAAGUCGCGGACGGUCACGGAGGAGCGCAGGAUCUUCAAGUCGGUGCUGGAGCGGCGGAAGCUGAAGCGGUUCGGCGAUGCUGCGCGCGAGGAGGACGCCGAGAUGUUCACCAUGCAGUCCAAGGAGGACAUUCCGUUCGAGCGGACGAACCUGCCGAAGAAGACCAAGGACGAGGAGAAGCUCGCGGACAUCAACCAGACGCUCCAGGGCGGCGAGCGCAACGACAAGGCCUCGAUGGUGACCAACCUCAGGGAGAUGCUCUACCGGCGCCGCAUGGAGCGCGAGCUCGCGGCGGCGCGCGGCAUCGCGGAGCCGGACGCGCCCCCCGGCGACGACGACGGCCCCGGCCCGGGCACGGACGGCAAGUUCGUCCCCAUGCACAAGCGCAUGGGGGCGGCGGGGGAGUCGAUGGGGCCGCGGCGGGACGACACUGCGUCGAUUCGGAUCAGCAACCUCCCGGAGGAGACGUCCGAGGACGACCUCCGGCACCUGUGCCGGAACUUCGGGCAGGUGCAGCGCGUGCACGUGGCGUACGACAAGGUCACGGGGAUGCCGCGCGGGUUUGCGUUUGUCAACUUCGUGACGCGGACGUCGGCGGAGAAGGCGCUCGAGAAGCUGAACGGGCACCUGUACGGGCACCUGGUGCUGAUGGCGGACUGGGCGCGGUCGCGGCCCAUGCAGUGA